AUGUCCGCACCAAACCAACCAUUGGAUGACCUUGAUCUGAACCCCUACUUAAAUCACGAUAUAUUGUCGCCUCACGGAGUCCUCAGUAUUGAGUCUGGCAAUACUUUUAGCAAUUCUGAAAACGUCUACCUGAAUAGCCUUGUUAGUGGCAGCGACAUUGUGUUUUCUUCACAUUUUAACUGCCCUUCGUUGGCUACUGCCAUCGGACGUGAAGAUGCAUGUUUAGGCCGUGGAGAGGCAAGUGUUAAGGGUUGGGGAACAAAUCACGAUAGCGCGCAUACCAUUACAACACCUAACGAGUGUCGGGAAAUUUUCUCCGGCUGUUUCGAUGAAACAGCCCAUAAACAUUUCAACAUUGACAAUUUUUCAACGCCCAGUGUUGGAGAGGCUUCCAUGCCGACGGCACGAACUUCUCACGUUAACGAUUUUGGUACUUCCAUCCAAAAGAUUAUUUCAGAUGUUGGCACUAUUUCUGAAAGAGUAGAGCGUGGGUUAAGCGUUGUGGAGGGUUUUGCAGCAAAAACUCAGGACAUUUUGGAUGCAUUUAAUGGUCUUCACGAAAAGAUUAAUAAUAUGUCUAGUAGGGUUGAUGGGCUGGCUGAGAUGCUAGACGAGGUCGUGAAAUGUGAACGGCUUGCCAUGGAGAAAUUUGGGAAUUUGGCAAAACGUAUCGAGCGCCCUGUCUCUUCUCGUUCACGGAGCCAGGCAACCUAG